UUUUCUCUUCUUUCUCUGCAGAGAUCUCUCUGUCUUCUUCUUUUCACUGCGGCGGAGGCAGCAGGAGUGUUGUGCACUAAGAAAGGAUAUUUUAGCCUUUUUGAUAUUAAUAUGGUGUGCACUUAACAAUGAUGGGGUGCAAGAAGCACAAACCAUGUGCGAAUUCUGAAGUGGACGCAUUGUGUUUGGGCAAGCCCAAUCAAACCCAAUUUCAUUGUUAACAAAAACCUAGUUUCACCGAGACAAGUAGUGGCGGCAAACUCCAUUAUUAUCGUUGUCACUUUCAUCCAAAUUCCAAAACCCAGACAAGGCUUAAAAGGUAUUAGGGUUUUCUUUCUCCAUUAUUAUCGUUGCCACUGCCAGACUUAUUCCUUCAUUCCUCUCACACUCUCUUCUCCUCCUCCUCCACCACCCACGUUUUGGGAAACCAGAAGAGAGCACCCUCGUUUCUCCUCCACCCACGUCGCUGGCCAAGAAACACGAAGGCAGAGUGCAGGCCAUUCACGGCGUCUCCUUUCUCCUCCACCGUGACAUCCACCACGUCGCUGGCAGGGGCAGCAGCGCCACCAUCGGACUGCGAUUGACGAACGAUUUCGACAGCCACGACCACCACGAACACAGUUUUUAGGUUUUAGUUUUCUUUCCAUGGCGGGCCCAUCCUCUCAGCUCAUCGGGGCUUCUCAGCCUCCCCCUAUCUCUCCAUCUACGGUCCUCGCUGACCGAUUUCACCAGCAAGCUCAGAAUGUGGCGGCAAAUUUGAAUCUGCUCGGUCCGGUCGUUCAACAAGUGGCAGCAAAUUUGGUAGCAAAUUUGAAUCAGAUUGCGACUGAAGAUUUGAAUCGGUUCAAUCCGAUCAUUCAAGAUUACGGGGCUGAAAUCAGAAGGUUGGAGGACGUAGAGAAGUUACGUAAUGCAGAAAUAACUAGAUUGGGAGAUUUGGGAAGAAAACAGGACGAAGAGAUCGCAAGAUUAAAAUAUAUGCUCGAGGACUUAACGAAUAGAUAUGAAGCAGGUCGAGCUAAGGUUAAGGAUUUAGAAGAAAUCAAGAUCCCUGACUACGAGUCUAAGAUCAAGGAUCACAAAAAAUCCUAUGCACGACUCAAAAAAUCCUAUGGACGAUCUAAGGCCCAAAUUGGUGAGCUGAAGGAACAUAAAGAGCAGUUGACAUUGACCUUAGACGUGCUUCGAAAAGGGAUGAAGGAACAUAAAGAGCAGCUGAGAUUGACCUUAGAAGCGCUUCGAAGAGACAAGAAAAUGUGUCUGGAUAAGUUGGAUAGGGCAAGAAUCGAUCAAGAAGAACUUAAAAAAAUAUCAAUCCAGCUGGACGACAACAUGACCAGGUUGCAUCAGAACAUUAAUAGGUGGGAUGACAACCUUGACAUUAAUACGUUGGAUGACAACCUUGUCCAGUAGUAAGCAUACCUUGUCCAGUAGUAAGCAUGUAAAGGUUGAUACACUGACGGCCCUGCUGUAAUAAUUAGCAUAGGAACGUUUUGACUAGCCCUGAUCUAAUUAGAUCAUACGUUUUGUAAGUAAUUGUGAUGAGAUGAAUCACUUAUAAUAAAAAAAGAUUUCCUAUUUCCUCUUUUUAUUUUAA